GCCUAGACCUUUGGACAAACAAAAUUAAAAUUUGGACUUCUACCAAAUGCCCUAUUUAAAUUGUGUUAAUUUAGUUCUCAAUAUAUAAAAAUUGAAUUAACACAAUUUAAAUAUUAGAGAUAAAAAUAAAACAAACUCAUUCUUUAUGAACAAAAAAUGUAAUUAGUUUUUUUUAAUAGGAAAUGAAAGAUUGCACACAAACUUUUCUCUUUCAUUUUAAGCAAUUAUGGAUUAUAAAUUUUCAACCACAAAAAAAUAAUAAAUAAAUAAAUCAUUGAAUUGGAAAUAUGAACUACUAGCCCUCUAGUCUCAAGUUCAAUACUUACUAUCUGCUAUAAGUUUUUUAAAGUCAGUCCAUAUAGGGUGUUUACUCUGACUUUAAAUGAGAUAUCUGCAAGUGCGCGGUAGAAUUAAUCUUCCAAAAUUAUUUGAGGUACACAUAAAUUGACACCAAAUUAUCAACCAAAAAAAAAAAAAAAGUUAAGAAAGGUUAAAUCCAAACAUUAAACGAAGAAGUGGAAGUACUUACUGGUUACCACUGAAUCAACCACUCGGUGGUUAUAUAGGAUACGCUUUCAAUAAUCCCCCAACUCCAACUCUCUCUCUCUCUCUCUCUCUCUCUCUCUUUCUCUGUGUCUUGUUGGCUGUGAUUGUGUGAAAAAUGGAGAUGCCAAUGAUGGAUACAUUCUUCAUCCCUCAUGCAAUGUUGAGGAAUUCAGUGGAGAGCACCCCAUCAAGGCCUUUUCUGAAAAGCUGGAAGGAGGAGGUGAUGGUAAGACUGCCCAAACCCAAAUCAAUUCUCAUAGUUUCAGCCCACUGGGACACUUGUCAUCCUACAGUAAACCUUGUCCAUCACAAUCAGACCAUGUAUGACUAUGAGAAUUUCCCAGCUUUCAUGGAUGAGCUCAAAUACCCUGCACCAGGGGCACCACAACUAGCAAAGACAGUGAAGGAGUUGUUGACAAAGUCUGGAUUUGAGAAUGUUCGUGAAGAUGGAGCUCGUGGGCUUGAUCAUGGUGCUUGGUUCCCACUAAUGCUUAUGUAUCCAGAGGCAGACAUCCCUGUGUGCCAAAUGUCAGUGCAGUCAGGCAAAGAUGGGACUCAUCACUACAACAUUGGCAAGGCUCUCUCUCCUCUAAGGUCACAAGGGGUACUCAUAAUUGGAUCAGGUGGAGCUACAAAUAAUGUGCCACCCAAUUCUCCUCCCAUCCAUGGACCUGUUUUGUCUUGGGCUCUUGAGUUUGAUUCAUGGCUCAAGGAUUCUCUUCUCAGUGGAAGGCAUGAAGACAUAAUUGAUUAUGAGAAGAAGGCACCCCACGCAAAGAUGGCACAUCCCGAACCAGACCACAUGUACCCUUUGCUUGUGGCACUUGGAUCUGCUGGAAAUGGUGCAAGGGCUGAGCUUAUUCAUCAGAGUUGGGGACGUGGUUGCCUUUCUUUUGCCUCCUAUCGAUUUUCAAACAAUUUGUGAAUUGUGAAGCUAUUUAUUUAGGGGGUUGAUAAAUCGGUCAAAGCAUAAUAAGUACAAGGCAAAGUUGCAUUACGUGUCAAUAAGACUCCAUAGUUGAUAUGAAAGUGCCUUAUCUAUCAGGUCAAUCCCUUAAUCUUUAAUGACAAUAAGAAUUAAUAAAAGCGCUUCAUCAUUUCCACUAUUUCAUGUAAUUUUAAUGUCAUACAA